AUGACUACCUUGAAGGACUUCCAGAAAUCGCAGCGAGGACCAUGGAUCUUCGCCUUCACGCUGUUGGAUGGGAAGGCCUUGGAAGCGUGUGGGCACUUGUCCUUGGACGACCUCACCAAGGAGGACGGCGACACGACAGUAUGGAAGCUGCUGUCCGCCAGGUUCCUCGAGAAGGAGGCCCACGACCAGAAGGGUGAAGCAUUAGGUGAGGUUUUAGGGUUGGCUGCCCGAGAUGGGGAGUCAAUGAAGGAGUGCACGGCACGGGUCUUGGAGACCUUCGAGAAAAGCCGCAGGAAGGCCGCAGUGGACUUCACCAAGGAAGCCAAAGGCUGGAUCGCCGGCCUGACGGAAGAGCAGAAGGCGAUCGUGAAGGCGAAGAUGCAAGGAAGUAUAGACGUGGCGAGGAAGCCUACCUCCGUCUUGAUCGCCGAGGAUGAUGCCGCUUUUGACGAUGUCGAGGCUUUCUUGGCCGACUAUGGGACCACCAUCGAUGAGGACCCGUUGUCAGAGGCAGAAGCGGCAGAGGCCCUGGCGGUGUCUUGGAAGGAGAGGAAGGCCUUCCGCAUCGAAGUUGAAGAGCUCAAACGCGCCACUGAGACCAUGAUUGCCGAAGUGGUUGAAGGUCACCGCGACGAGAUCCACUUUGUCGGGGCCGCUGAAGAGGCUUUGAUGUCUUCGCUGGUCUCAUCGCCAGGUUUCGGUGUCAUCGAUUCUGGCUGCGGAAAGACGCUUAUCGGUGCAGACACCUUGGCCGAGAUGGAGCUCCUCCUGGGAAAUCGACAGGUGAUCAAAGUCCCAGAAAGGAACAGCUUCCGUUUUGGCAACGGCGAGGCCGAAGAUUCAGUCAUCAUGGCUCAGAUUCCUGUGGCCAUCCAGGGCAAGACCGGCGUGAUUCAUGCCGCAGUGAUCAGGGGCAAGGCCCCGCUGCUCCUCGGACGUCCCACGCUGGAAAAGCUCAAGAUGACGGUGAACUUCGCUUCGGGUACGGUGACUAUGCUGGGUGGUCCCGAUGUCAUUCAGCUCGAUCGGAACAGUGCCGGCCAGAUGCUGAUUAACCUGGUGCAGUUUCCCAGCGAGGCUCGGCAACGAAGCAAGGGCUCUGUGGUCUCUGAGGCUCUGCCGGUGAGAAGCUGCUCACGCAGUGGAAACAACGCUCUGCUGAGCAACGCGCGGAAGGUAGAGGUUGACAAACUGCUCGAGCGUGCUCAGCCGCAACUGCUAGUCGUGUGCGUUCCUUGUGGCCACUGGCAAGCCGACUUUGCAGUUCAGCAAUGUCACAAACAGUUGAAGCGUGGAGGAGACGAUCGGCCCGCAAAACGGGCUACAGGCCUGAUGCUCAGCCAUCCGUCUCUCACGGAGGCGGAAGAGCGAGUGAGUCUUGAGGGCUUCGAGUGUCUGGCUGGCGAAGCGCCAGCAGGUAGCCACACUGCCGCAGAGCCUGCCCCUGCACAGGUUCUUUCCGAAGUAGGUCCCGAGUCGGAGGAGGAGUGGAAAGAGUGCGUUACGCAGAACAUCCCAAUCCCAUUGCUUCCGACGCAACUCAAGCCGCCACGCUUGCGCAAAGACUUUGAAUCUGGUCAGUGGGUAGCGUAUUGGCGCACACAGAAGUCAAUAAAGGGGCAAGUUGUUCGUGCAUGUCGGUGGUAUGGCCCUGCCUUGGUUCUAGGAAAGGUUGGUCGCAACCUGAUCGUUGCACAUCGGCGUUCGCUCUUGCGGUGUGCUCCAGAACAGCUACGCCCAGCAACUGACGAGGAAUGUCCAAGGACAGUUGAGUCCGACCCAGAGGCUCAGGAGCUCCUGGGCAUGAAGCGGCUGCUUGAUCAAGGGAAAAUCCCACAAAGUCAGCUCACGGACAUUACUAGUCAGGAGUUUCCACCAACCCCCGAAGAGUGCAGCACACCGUUGCUUGAUCAAGUGGAUGCCAGCAUGGACCGGACUGCAGGUCUCACCGCAGCACAGGUGUUAGAACAGGAGUCUACUGCGUCAACCGCAGGUCAGAUGACCUCCGCUAAUCCUUAUCCCCCAGUAGCAGCCCAACAGCACGAACUAGCUCCAGCUUCUGCCCCUACCUUUGGUCCAGUUCGCACCCGCCUGCGGCAGAAGACUGCCGAACCACUGCUCGUUAGGCCCACGCAGGUGCAAGCAGAGGAUUUGUCUGACAUGCUGCGCGAGCUUCCAUUGAGUUCGGAUGCAGCAGUGCCGUCUGCAGGCUUGGACUCCGAGUCACCUAGGCCCUCUAGUCCUAGAGAGCCUGCUUUCAAGCGCAUGGCCAGCUCCCCUCCGGAUGCCCUGAGAGCCAUGUCCAGGCAGGAGUCUGCGCCUGCUGAGGCUCUGUUCUGUCAGACUGCAAUGAGUGCGUACCGCGAGCAAGUGCCACAUGCCACAGAAAUCGAGGUUCUCCUAGCAGGUUUCCUACAGAAACAGAUGCAGAAAGAAAUCCCUGUGACAGGCAACCCCGAAGACCUUCAGGAGCAGGUAGAAGAGGCAAAAGCUACUGAGUGGUAUACCAUGACCUCAAAGCCCGCAGUAAAGGUGUGGAGUGGGGCUGAUGCUACACGCAUCCGCCGUAAUCAUCCAGACCGGUUUGUAGGGAGCAGGUUCGUGGUCACUAGAAAGGUAGAUGAGGAUGGUGAGCGCGUCAAGGCAAGAUGGUGCCUUCAGGGGCACUUGGAUCCAGAUGUUAUGGACAAGGUGUCUAGUGGCGCGUGCCAUUCGCCAACAAUGUCUCAACUCUCCCGCUCUCUGUUGCUGCAAAUCCUCGUGUCGAAGCGCUGGCGUAUGUGCCUCGGGGACAUUAAGGGUGCUUUUUUAGAGGCAGGUCCCUUAAAGGAGAGGUUUAGGCCCCUUUACGCCACGCAACCCAAGGGCGGAAUCCCCGGCCUUGCGGAGAGCGAUGUGAUAGAGGUGACAGGCAACGUUUAUGGGUUGAACGACGCCCCGUUCAGUUGGUGGGAGGCAUUCGACAAAGAAGCGCGCAGGUUAGGUUUUAGCCGAUCACAGUUUGAUAACUGCGUGUAUUACUUUAGGUGCCCAAAGACCAAAGAACUCACAGGCGUCCUAGGCGCGCACGUAGACGACAGCAUCACAGGCGGCGAAGGUGAGGCCUACGAAGAAGCCAUUCGUCAGUUGAAAGCCCGCUUCCCUUAUCGUAAGUGGCGUGUCGGUGCUGGGGAAUUCUGUGGAGUAGUCUACAAUCAGGACCCUGUCACCUUUGAGAUUUCCUAUCAGCAGAGAGAGUACACCCAGCAUUUGCGACCUAUCUCUUUGUCCAAGGAUAGGGCUGCUCAGAAGGAUUCUCCCGUCACUGCUCGCGAGCUUGCCUCUCUGCGUGCACUGAACGGUGCUGCCAGUUGGCUCGCUAGCCAGAGCCGGCCUGACAUUGCGGUGCAGGUUUCGAUGUCCCAGCAGUGUUUCCCCAACCCGCAAGUCAAGGAUCUUCUGUAUGCAAAUCAGAUGGUUCAUAGGGCGAGGCAGUUUCAAGAUGUUGAGAUUAGGGUUCGUAGCGUGAAUCUUCAGAAGCUCUGCAUCUGCAUGCACAGUGACGCCGCAUGGGCAAACGCCAAGCGAGAACGCACACAAGGAGGUUACACACUAGCGUUUUCCGAGACAGACCUCCUUGAGAAUCGCCCUUCCGUGUGGAGCCCCUUUCAUUGGAAGUCCUACAGGCUCCAGAGAGUAGUUCCGUCAACUCUCGGAGGCGAAGCUCAGGCGUUCUCGACAGCUUCUGCCAUCGCGGAAUGGAUGGCACUCCAGGUAGCCGAAGCGGUAUCAGGCACUGUAGAUCUUAGGAACAGCGAGAAGUAUUUCAAGCAGACUCCGAUUGUUGGUGUGACAGACUGUAAAAGCCUUUACGACCACGUCACCAGCCUCUCAUCUGUCACAGGGGUUCAGGACAAAAGGGUUAGUGUAGAUAUUGCCAUAAUCAAGCAAAGCAUGGAGAGAGCGAAUCUCCAAAUCAGAUGGUGUCCCACGGAGUUGAUGGUAUGUGACGCCCUCACUAAAGACAAAGCUGAUCCCGCGGAUCUUCUCCGUGCAGUCCUCGAGCUUGGGACGUACCAGCUUUCAAGUGAAGCUUCCGUCUUGAAAGCAAAAAAGGCCCAGCGCGAGAGACUCAAGUGCCGACCUCUGCCACCAAGUGGCCCCAGAGGCUUAG